AUGUCAGCUCCUUCGAAACUGAUGAAAGCGCGAAACAUCUUACUGAUCAGGCACGGGGAGUACGACUUUAACACUGGAAAGUUAACAGACCGAGGUUGUAAAAAACAAGCCUCCCAUGCAGCCUAUCGUUUGAAACAGAUGAACAUCUCUGUGGGCCCUGUUUAUCAUUCAACUUUAACGAGAGCAACAGAAACAGCCUCGAUCAUUCACAAAAAUUUGAGGCUUCCAUUCCCUUUAAUAGCUGAUUCCAUGCUAGAAGAAGGAGGACCGACACCUCCUAAUCCAACUAUUAGUUACUGGAGUCUGCCUGAAAGGGAUUACCAUGUUGACGGGCCACGACUUGAAUCUGCUUUUAGAAGAUAUUUUUUCCGGCCUGACGACAACGACGGUCAAACGAACAAAAUAACAAACGAAGUCAUAAUUGCACAUGGUAACAUUAUCCGGUUCUUUGUGUUGAGAUCUCUGCAGCUACCAACGAAUACUUGGAUGAGGAUGUUUGUAGCACACGCUUCCAUAACUCGCCUGCACAUUCAACAUGACGGCAUCGUCUCUAUGUCAUUGUUCGGAGAUUCUGGUCAUAUCGAUUAUAAGGAUUUAACAUAUUAG